AUGAAAAAGACAGAGCAAUGGGUAACAGAUCUGCAACGCCUGCUGAAAAAUGUGAAGAAUGGCAAAAGGAAGAUAGAAGUUUCAGUCUCGAUGAUAUUGAUGAGCUUGAAGAACUCCAAGCUACAGCUUUUGAGAAGUCUCCCCAGGGUAAUCAUACUACUAAUCCUUCUCCACAACCUCAAGGUAGUGAAGGGCCAUCCCAAAGCGAAAUGGCAAGGAAAUUGUCUAAGGCGAAAAAAAAGAAAGGCUGAGUUGUCUGAUUUACUUGCUACUGAAAUGAGAGAUGUUAGAGUAGCAUUACAGGAUAUUGCAGGUGCUAUCAAGACCACUAAUCGUCGAAUCAGGUCUGAAGAAGAAAUAGUUGAAGAACUUAUCAGACUUGGAUUUGGAGGAGAUUAUUUGAUGGAAGGAACCGAGUUUUUGGUGGCUGAUCCAAUUCGAGCAAACACUUUUUUUGCUUUUCCCGAAGAAGUCCGUAGGGACUGGUUGCUUAGGAAGCUUGCUUGCUAA